UUCUCCAUUCCCAGCGACUUUACUGCUCUGUUCGCUGGGUGACGUCUCUCACCGACCGGUAAAAUCCACCGACAAAUCUACCGGGCUGACCGCUUAUCUUUCUUCGCUGGGACUCACGGCAGCACAACGGCAUCAGAACCCUGACUGUCCUUUUCCUUUCCCCGGCCUGAAGGGCCGCGACGAGCCGCUGACAGCUAGGACGGGACACAGAGCGGGUACCGCUUCUCCGCAGGAUGAUGGAUGUAACUCCGGUGCUGACCAACGGACACGCAUCCCGGCGGACUCGGCGGACGGGCAGCGCACACUUUUAAACAGCCCUGUGGUCAGAGAACACUGACGCACCGGCUGUUUUCUCCUUUAAUGUUUAUCUUUUUUUUUCUUCGCAAUGUCAUCAUCAAGGAGACAGUAAAGCAUCUGCUCUUCCUAUCCAGUUUCCGCUGGACGUCAUUCUCGUCAACUGUUUCUGACGGUUUUAGCAAACGUUAGUUAGCACCGGUAUGAGCAGAACCGGAUCUGCCCGUCCUAUCUAACCGGGGUCGGAGGGGUGGUGGCGGGUCCUAGUAGGGAAACAUUUGGAUUUGUGGAUGAGAGCCGGUCACCGGGUUGGAUUCUGUACGGAGGUACGCUGGCCGGAGCGGAGGAGGAGGACGGGGGAAGAGCAGCGGCGGCAGAAGCAGCAGCGGAGAACCGAACUGACAACCUCAUUCCCGGAGGGGGAGAGAAGCAGCGACGAGGCCAUAGGACGAUGUGAAGAUGGGUUUAGUUUUCGGUCUCCUUUGGCUGUUUACCGGCUACCUGCAGGGCGUGCACGGCCAGGGCGUGUAUGCGCCCCCUACAGUGCGAAUUGUGCACUCCGGUCAGGCCUGUAGUGUGGAAGAGGAGCGCUACAGUGAGAGGGUUUACACUAUCAAAGAGGGAGAGACUCUAGAGCUGCAGUGUUUGGUGACUGGACACCCGCGACCACAGAUCCGUUGGACUAAGACUGCUGGUGGAGCAUCAGACCGUGACUCCUCACUGCAUAACGAAACUCUGAGGAUCGAAAACAUCAACCGACACCAGGGAGGGCGUUACUACUGCAAGGCUGAGAAUGGAUUGGGAUCCCCCGCUAUCCGUUCCAUACGAGUAGAUGUCUACUACCUGGAUGACCCAACAAUAACAGUGCAUCAGAGUGUCGGUGAAGCAAAGGAGCAGUUCUACUUUGAGCGGACGGUGUUCCUUCGCUGCGUAGCCAACUCCAACCCUCCUGUCCACUACACCUGGAGGAGAGGCAGGGAGGUGCUCUCGCAGGGCUCAGACACUGGGGUGGAGAUCUAUGAGCCAUUCUUCACACAGGGCGAGACAAAGAUUUUGAAGCUGAAGAAUCUUCGUCCACAGGAUUACGCUGACUACACCUGCAUCUCCUCUGUCAGGAACGUCUGCGGCAUCGAAGACAAGAGCGCCCACUUCACUCUGAGCAACAGAACAGCUCCUCCAUCUAUCAGGCUCCUCCUGGACGACCCCCUGGUGGUGAACCAUGGGGAGACAAUCACUUUGGUAUGCGUGGCAUCAGGUGGAGACCCUCGUCCCAGUCUAAAAUGGAUGAGAGCCGAAGUCCAGGAACUUCCAAAGAGGAGUGUCGUCAAAGGGGGCACACUGACCAUUCCUGCUGUUACCAUUGAUGAUGGAGGUGUCUACAGCUGUCUGGGGUCCAACAACGUCGGAAAUCCCGCCAAGAAAUCCACCACCAUACUGGUCAGAGGUCUCCGUAAAGGUCGCUUCUGGAUCACACCUGACCCUUACCACAAUGAUGACAAUAUCCAGAUUGGACGGGAAGUGAAGAUCAGCUGCCAGGUGGAGGCCACGCCUCCAGAGGAACUGCAGUUCAGCUGGCUGAAGAACGGUCGGCCUCUGAGGAGCUCUGAGCGGAUGGUCAUCACCCACACUGACACAGAUGUCUCACCGGGAACCACCAACCUCGACAUCAUCGACCUCAAGUUUACCGACUUUGGCACCUACACCUGUGUGGCAUCACUGAGGAAUGGAGGGACCCCAGAGAUUAGCAUUGACGUCAACAUUUCAUCCACCACAGUUCCUCCAGAGCUCACCGUCCCCAGGGGCCGCUCUCACCUGAUUGCUCAAGAAGGUGACACCGUGGACCUGCAGUGCCUGGUCUCAGGAAAACCCAAACCCAUCAUCCUGUGGUCUCGGGUGGAGGAGAGCGGGGUGGCGGCGGCGGCGGCUGCAGUGGCAGCUCUGAUGCCAGACGGCUCCGUUCAGACGGAGAGCUACGACGGCAUCCUGAGGAUCAGCAACGUGACCAGAGAGAUGAGUGGGACGUACCGCUGCCAGACGAGCCAGUACAACGGCUUCAACGUCAAACCCAGAGAGGCCUUGAUACAGUUGGUGGUGCAGUUCCCUCCGACUGUGGAGCCAGUGUACACAGAGAUCCGUCAGGCCCUUGGCCGGGCAUUCAGCCUUACCUGCCGUCUGCUGCGAGCUCAUCCAGCUCGCCUCCUGAGAUAUGAGUGGAAGCUGGGCACCCGCCUCCUGACUGUUGGACAGUUCAGUGACCAGAAGGAUGACACUAACUACCAUGUCAGAGCUUUGAACCGAGAGGGCUAUGGCGAGUACACUUGUGACAUCACUAAUGAGGCGGGGGCGGGACGCUGCACCUUCCUGGUCACAGGAAAAGCCUACCCUCCAGAGUUUUACUACGACACCUACAGCGCUCUAUGGCAGAACAGACCGCGAGUCUAUGGCUUCAAGCUGCAGUGGACUCAGAUGGAGCCCAACGCUGUGGAUCGAAUCCUGGCCUACAGACUUGGUAUAAGACAGAUGGGUCAGUCUCGCUGGUGGGAGCAGGAGAUUCCCAUGGAGGGAACCAUCCAGAAGGGGGAGCUCCUAACCCACAACCUAACUGAACUCGUCAAACCCGAAUCCUACCUGGUCCGCCUAACACCCAUCACCCGCUAUGGGGAAGGAGACUCCACUGAACGCAUCAUCACAUACAGCGCUCCUGUUAACCCACAUCUCAGGGAGUUCCAGUGUGGUUUCGAGGACGAGGCAUUGUGUUUGUUCUCUCAGGACAAAAAUGACGUGUUCGACUGGACACGCCACAGUGCUGCCACGCGAGACACCAAAUAUACGCCAAACACGGGACCAAGCUCCGACCACACUGGCUCCAAGCAGGGUUUCUACAUGUACAUAGAGACGUCGAGGCCAAGGCUGGAGGGCGACAUGGCCCGACUGCUGUCCCCAACAUUCAACAUGAACUCCAAGAGCUCCUCCUCGUCUGUCAGCAACAACCCCACCUACUGCUUUGCUUUCUAUUAUCACAUGUAUGGGAAACACAUAGGUGCUCUGAACAUUUUCCUGCGUCAGAAGGGUCAGUCGGUGACAGAUACCUUGGUCUGGAGCCUCACUGGUAACCAAGGAGACCGCUGGCGUCAAGGCAAGGUCAACAUCCACCCAACCACAGCCUUUCAGAUGGUGAUAGAGGGAGUCCGAGGCUCUGGUAUUGAGGGAGAUAUUGCUAUCGAUGAUGUCACCAUUGAGGAGGGAGAAUGUAAAGACCCCCCUCCCAACAAUCUGAGGUCACUUGCUCCACCCUCAUCGCCACAUAUAUGGCAGCUCUGCGUCACUCUGAUUCUGGCUCUGAUUGGCCAGCAGAGCUGAUGAUCAGAUUAUUAUUUCAGCCCCUCUGGGUAUCAGUUUUUCCUCUACUGCAUCAUAAUCACAUUAACUCGAAAUGAUUGGUUGCCACUGAAGAACACCACUGGGUUUAUGUAUUUGUUUUCCACAUAUAUUGAACACUGUUCAUAUUCCCUAUUCCGCAAAUUUUUUACAGAAAGAGGCCUCAUUUAAUCAAAAAGAGAUCAGUUUAUAUAAAUAUAUAUAUAUUAUUAUGUUAUACUUUAAUUUACACUUUGAAAGAAAAUUUCUAGACAGCUUGGACAAGAAAAAAGUUACACUUACACAUGAUUGAAAAAAAAUAUCAAGUUUUGACAUACAUGUCAAAUGUUUUCUGUCGCCAUCACAUUUUUACCUUAUGAUAUAGCAAUACUUCAAUAAACAUGGACAAAUGACUUAGUCUGUACAGGAAUAUCAUCCAUUUAAAUGUAUUUGAAAUGCAUUACAGAUGACAGGGAGAACAUGGAGACUGUUGUGAAACAAGACUUGCAACAGUGAACAAUUAUGACAAGUCACAAAACAUAAUACUUUUUGUGAUUUGACACUGAUUUAUUGUCU